GCCUCUGCGAGUCGGGUCGCCCGCCGGUCACCGCCCCCCACGUGACGCCGGGCGCUAUAAAUAGCUGGGCCGCCGGGCGCCCAGCAUCCGCCCGGAGCCGGCGCCGCUGCGGAGGGCGCGCGCACGGGUCCCGGCCCGGCCGGCCGGCGCAUGGAGGCAGCCGCACUCCUGUGGGCGCGGACUGUGCCUUCUGAAGACCAGUGUGUGAUUGAUGGAGGAACUCCAGGAAGGCAGCUCUAACUACUGCCGUUCCCAACAUCGUGGGUGCUGCUGCUGAGGAGGCCCGUGCCUCUCUGGCCCUCACCAUUGCCCUUGCCUCCCAAUGGCCUCUGCUGCCAGGCCAGAGGCCAGCACUGCUGCCUGAGCCCGCUGCCCCUCUCCAGGACUUGCCGUUCCCUGAUGGGGUAACGUGACAGACGCCCCGGAUCAGAGGCUGCCUGCCCACCACGUCCCAGGGCCGCCAGAGUUGGUUGAGUUCAAGUUCAUUUUCCCUUUGGUCCUGAGUGCUGGAGCCCAGCUCUGAGCAAAGGGGACUCUCCUCCAUCCACCCAUGCAGAGGCGGUGUCCCCAGCGACGGCCCCAUAGAGGACAGUGUUCUGCAGCCAGAGUCACCAACUUGAAGUUCUCUUUGCUCAGUUUUUUGGGUUGUUGUUAUUUUUAUUUUGCCUCUCUGUAACUACUCCACUCUGAGAGACAGGACUUUGGAGCUGUCCAUCUUACGGGGGGAGGGGGUUUUGUUGCUUUUCUUUUUCUUUUUUAGAAUUGGGUUUUCUUUUGGAAUUAUCAACCACCGGGCAGCUUUCCUCUUCUUCUCCCAAGUAUUUGCACAAUAUUUGUGCGGGGUGUGGGGACGAGGUUUUAAGAAGUCUUUUCUUGUUUUUUUUUUUUUUUUGGACAAGCACGGGGAUCUCACUGGACUUGGUGUGGGGGGCUGGGGGACCCCCCUUGCAGCCCUUGCUGGCUGGUCCUCUCUGGGUCCCCGGAGGAGGCAUGGCCCGCAUGAACCGGCCCGCGCCUGUGGAGGUGAGCUACCGGAACAUGCGCUUCCUUAUCACGCACAACCCCAGCAAUGCCACCCUGAGCACUUUCGUCGAGGACCUGAAGAAGUAUGGGGCCACCACCGUGGUGCGUGUGUGUGAAGUGACCUAUGACAAGACCCCUCUGGAGAAGGACGGCAUCACUGUUGUGGAUUGGCCCUUUGAUGACGGGGCGCCCCCUCCUGGCAAAGUGGUGGAGGACUGGCUGAGCCUGCUGAAGGCCAAAUUCUACAAUGACCCGGGCAGCUGCGUGGCCGUGCACUGUGUGGCCGGCCUGGGAAGGGCUCCAGUGCUCGUGGCUCUUGCCCUUAUCGAGAGUGGGAUGAAGUAUGAGGAUGCUAUCCAGUUCAUCCGACAGAAGCGCCGUGGGGCCAUCAACAGUAAGCAGCUGACCUACCUGGAGAAGUACCGGCCUAAGCAGAGACUGCGGUUCAAAGACCCACACACGCACAAGACCAGAUGUUGCGUCAUGUAGCUCAGGCCCCGGCCCUGUACACCCUUUACUCCUGUGCCUCGGGCAUCUGUGUUUAAGGAGUCCAUUGGCCGUGUGUUCCUGCUCUGUCCCUGUCUGUGCCCACGGCUGUCUUUCUGAGGCUGUCCCUGGAUCUUCCAUCAGUUCUGUCCAGCCCCUUCACCCCCUGCCCAGGCCUUCUCCCUGGCCUGUGGACGGCAGGUGGGUGUUUUUAACCACUGGGCCCGAUGCCUCAGCGGCGCCACCCUCACCCUAACCUGUUUUCAGCACCUCUGUGACCAGAUCCUGGGCCUUUAGGUGCUCUGGACUCUUAAGGCAAUAAAUCAGGAGCUGUG